AUGUCCUUCGCCAUGCUGCGCUCGGCCCCCAGCCGGUACCUCUACCCCGAGAUCAGCAUGCUGUCCGAGGACGAGGAGAAUGGGAGCGAGAGCUCCAGCUCCGAGGAGAAGCCCUACCACCUGGACGCCGGCCCCUACGGCCUGAAGGGCGGAAAGCGCCGGAGCAGCAAGAAAUCCAAUCGGCUCAACCGAGAGCCCAGGCAGCGCCACACGGCCAAUGCGCGGGAGCGCGACCGCACCAACAGCGUCAACACCGCCUUCACCGCCCUACGGACGCUCAUCCCCACCGAGCCGGCCGACAGGAAGCUCUCCAAGAUCGAGACGCUGCGGCUGGCCUCCAGCUACAUCUCCCACCUGGGCAACGUGCUGCUGGUCGGGGAGGCCUGCGGGGACGGGCAGCCCUGCCACACCACCCCAGGCUUCUACCACCACAGCAGCAGCAGCAGCCCCCCGCUGCGGGAGAGCGAGAACUCUCAGCCCAAACAGAUCUGCACUUUCUGCCUCAGCAACCAGAGGAAGCUGAGUAAAGACCGAGACAGGAAGACGGCAAUUCGGAGCUAGGCCGUUUCGGAAAGGAGGAGCGGGAGGAGGAGGGAUGGAAAAGCCACACACACCAAACAAAGACACGGACAUUUCUGCCUUCCCCCUGCUGCCACCGAGAGCUGCACCCGGAGGAACGCGCCGGCCCCGGAAACACCAAACAUCCUCCUGGCCGGGCUGUGGUAGCAGAUGGCAGACAGGACCUGGGAGCUCCAGAAGGCUCCGCAGAUGGCAGGACUUCCAAGGAUCACACCCACGGCACCGGGACACGGCGUGCGACAGCGAAGGCAAUGCCAGUCCCCGCCCAGUGAACCAGAGGG